UGAAGAUGUGAUGUUGAAUCCCCCUGAUGAACAGUCCGUAAUGACCUAUGUGUCCCAGUUUUUGGAGCACUUUCCUGGAAUUGAGGCGGAUGACACAUCAGAUAUUCUAGAGCGAAACAAAGCUGGCGCUCGAAUGAACGAACCUCCUGUUCGGAAUGGAGUACAGAGGAAACGGGAGUCUUAUACGGUCAAGAAAGAUGUUGUUCAGCCACCACCCAAGAUCUUCAUCUCCUCAGUGUCUGAAGAUCGUGAGCAGAUCACCUCCCCAGUUCUUUCACACAGCCCUGAGGACAGACCUUGGACGAGUGAAGAGUCGUCGGUGGGUUCAAGUCCCAGUCCUGCAAUUGACAAGGAUUUGGUUUAUUAUAUUUCAUAA